ACGCUCGCUGCCAUCGGCCGGUGCGCGAACUAUGAUAUCAUAAUCAAUUUGUUUUCCGUAUCUCUUAUCUGUAUUGAAGACUCACUUGUGUGGAAUUGUAAACAAAUGUGCAGUGAUUGUAUUAAAUACUAACUAUCAGAGUACUUGGUAAAGAUAUUUGAAGUCAAUAACUAUGGAAAACGCCACAGUUGACCUUCCAGCUCACCUUGUAGGUGGAAUAAACGAAAUCAUUCAAAAGGAAGGCUUCAAUUCAUACGCGGUAGACGCGCGAAAGGUAAACACGAAUGGUGAAAGUUAUAUGUCUGACUUAUUCACAAUCAACAUCAAAGGUAAAACAGUAAAAUGUAAUAAACAACUAAAUCUCUUUGUUAAAACAAUGAUGGUCGAAGGAAUUGAGAAUGCAGUUGUAUCUGUAAGUGACGUUUUUCUGGCGGAAACAUUUGCUUAUAACACACUAAAUAAACUCUUUAGAAAACUACAAAAUGAUGCCAAUAUCCCUAUUGAAGAAAGAUUCGAAAUGAUAAAAAUGUAUGAGACAUCGGAUCCAAAAUCCAUAAUAUUGGAAAACAUGGCAAUAAAAGGUUACAAAACGUAUGAUCGAUUUAAAAUUAUACCCGUGGAAUUGGCAGAAUUAUGCGUAAAAAAAUUAGCGAAAUAUCACGCUUUAUCUUUUGUCAUUGAGAAAAAAGAUCCGGAAUUUUAUGAAAAUGAAAUAAAACAUAGGAAGAUAAAUUGUGAUUUCGAUGAAUAUUCUGGUUUUAUCGAUCAUGUGUUUGAUAAUGCUGUUGACGUAUUGAGUUCUGAAGAAGCUAAGAAUAGAUUACAGAAUUUUUCAAAGACUGCACUUGAAAGGUGCAAAUUUCUGGCAGAAGAAAAAGAUACAAAAAUAUGUGUCCUAAAUCAUGGAGACUUUCGCAUUAACAACCUUUUGGUCCAAGAAAAGGACGAUGAGUUUCUAAAGGUCAUUCCGAUUGACUAUCAACAGAUGGCCUACGGACACCCUCUCAAGGACUUAUUUUACUUCAUAUUUGGAAGCACAGAUCAAGAAUUCCGCAAUAACAACCUUCAUCAUCUCAAGGAUUUGUAUUAUAACAGUUUGAAACACUUCCUCGCUUACUUCAAUAUACGAACAGACGAUGUUUGGCCAAGAUUCCAAUUUGAGAAGGACUUUAUAGAAAGACUAGACUAUGGAAUGGUGGUAGGACCCCAAAUAUUUCCGUUCAUAUUGGCUGCAGAAAAUGAAAUUCCAGAUAUUAGUAAACAGGGGCUAGCCGGCAUUUCUAUUGCAAAAGACAAUCCAGUUUACAGAGAAAGAAUAAAAGAUUUGGUUGACGAAGCUAUGAAAUGGGGCAUCAUUUAAAUGUUAAUAGUACCUACUGACUUCAAUAAGGUGUAUCGCCCUUAAUUUCAUUUUAAUUUUUACGAAAUAUUCCAUGUAAGAGAUCGCUCUUAACGAUAAGGCCGUCUAUUUAACAUUUUCCCCACUCUGUAAGUAUAUUUUUUGUUUCAUUUAAGUAAUGUUCAAUAAAGUUUCUUCUAUGUAUUGUA